AUGGCUUCAACCGACGAAAUACUUAUCGCUCGUCACACACAUUUCACAGCGACAAUGCACAAAUACCCGAGCACCCCAGGACAAGUAUUGAUUUCCCUUUCUAGCUCCGAAAAGGGGCCCAUUACCUCUCUACCCGAACCAACUUUCCUUGAUCUCUUCAACUUCUCCCGAAAAGUCGCCACUGCCCUAUCAUCCGCACUGGACAUCGGACGAUGUGCUCUCGCCUGUGACGACACCUCGAUCCAUUUGAUUCCUCUCCACGGGCUCAGUCGGGGUGGGGAUUGGAAACCGAUCUUGCACGAACAGGAAGAGUUUCAUUCUACGUAUCCUGGUUUCCUAACCUCCAAAUCCGGACCGAAACGGUCUAGCGACGAGUUGAACCCGAUACGCGAUCGAGUUACGGCUAUUACUGGAGUUAACCCUCCUUACAACCACCAUUUCGUCGGGGAUCCAUCGGAUACUAACCUUUUCGCCCGAAUCGUUCGCGGUGAGACCGAACAGUGGAGGGUGUAUGAAGACGAUAAACACGUUGGGUUUCUUACUCCGUUCCCAAAUACUCCUGGAUACACGGUGCUUGUACCCCGUGCGCAUUUGAGUUCUGAUAUUUUCUCGUUGGAGGAAGAGACGGAGUAUCGUGAUUUGUUGAGGGCUAUGUGGAAGUUGGCUGCAGGUAUGAGAAAGGCGUUUGGGGUGCGGAGGGUUGGGGUGUUUUUUGAGGGGUUUGAGAUUGAUUAUACGCAUGUGAAGUUAAUACCUGUUCAUCAGGCGGAGGGUGGGGAGCAGGAGCAGGAGGGAUCGACAGGUCCGUAUUAUGAUGUAUAUCCGGGAUAUAUUACUACGGAACGUGGACCGCUGGAAGGGGAGGUAGAGAAACUCGAGAGGGUGGCUUCGGCGGUUCGUCUCGCUCUGGCAAGGUCCGUGGUAUAA